CCUAUUCUAUGACCUUCGUUUCAAUAGUUAAGAUCCAUUUAUUUUUAUAUUUAUUUAUUAUUAUUUUUUGAGAUCUCAUUAUUGCCCCCCAAAAAACCUGAAGUUUUCCACUUUUGAGCACGGUUGGGUGGUAAACAAAACAAAGAGCAAACACGCUCGGCGCAAAAGUUUCGAGUGCGCGCCGUUCCAAAAUCGGGUCGUCAUGGAUUGGGAAGGUGAGCACGGGGGAGUAUUUAGCAUGAUCCCCGCGAGCCCCGAAUAUUGACGUGUCUUGACAUCUGGCACACGCAGGCGGUGCUGCCACCUGAGGCCCGCGCCGCCCACCAGCCGCCUGCAUCGCAAGGGCUGCACUUCCGGACGGAAGUUCCGAAUUUCCGUCCACGGAGGAAAUUUUGCCGAUUUUCAACAAAAUUCGUCGGACGAAAAACGAGACGGGAGAAAAUAAAAAAAAAAUCUUUGCUCUCGCGCGCGCUCAGCUCACUUUUUCCCGGUUGAUAUUAUUUUUGCAGUGUGUUUUUUGUACUUUUUGCAUGCUGGCGUUGCCAUGGCUACUGGAUGGAGCUCUCGGUGCUCCUCUCCAGGCUUCUCUCUCCGGUGCCCUUUAAACAGUUGGUUAAAGCCGAUGGACGGAUAUGCAGCGCGGUAUUAUUAUGCGAAUGCAUCAGACGUCGGUCCAGUCAGGUGCACCCGAUCGCGCCGCCGUCUCGCCCGCCGUCCACAGCAAACUUUUCAUUUUUAUUUUAAUCCCUCCGGUUGACGCCAAGUCAAAGAAAGGUCAAUGAAAGCAAGCGGUUGAUUGAUCAACAAUAAUUUCAAACUUGGAUGCAUUUAUGGCGGUGACUUUGCUCUGCAAUAAUUACUUAUUGAAUAUAAAUUGCUUUCGUCCUGUCACGUUCGAAAUAGACAAUUAAUAUUGUAGGUUUCGUCUGAAUAUUUAUUCAGUUUUUAUAAGAAAAAUUAUAGUGCUUAGUAAAAAAUUUAGUAAACAAGAGCACAAAAUUUUAAAAUUUGAAAAAAAAAAUUAACUGAUUUGUUCCAAAGCUAUAUAUUUAUAUCAAAAAUUAUAUUAUGGAAAUUUAGCACUUUUUGCAGUAUUUUGAUUAUUAUCACAAAUCUUUUCGGUGAUUUGUUGAAUUUAAAGUAAGCUUUUCCUUGAUGGGUUUUGUGAGUUGUGUAUGAUUUAAGAAAAACAAUAUCCUGCUCCAAUAAACAACUAACAAAACCCAUCGAGGAAAAGCUUACUUUAAAUUCAAAUCAACAUGAAUCAUCCCUCAAUCGUGGAAUUCUACUAAAAAAUCUUCUUGGCCAAUUUAUUUUCAAAACCUCUUGGAAUUGGUGCAAAUAUUUAUAAAACUUAUUUUUCAGUGAAGUUGCAAAUUAUCAAAUCAAAUUGAAAAAUAUACCCUUUAGCUGAGGUAAUUAUAUAUAAAUGAAAUAACUAAUGCAACUCUCUGGUCUCUUGUUUGCCUAAAAUUCAAAUUUCUACCAAUCGCAAAGAGCACAAUUGUAACUUUUUCGAAAGAUUUUCCCAACUUACGUUUUUAACUAUUAUUAAUUCAUAAAUGAGUUUGAAUAGUUUCAUUGUAGUAUACUAAAUAAUAUACUUUAAAAAAAUUAUGGUUCAAAAUCAGGAUUUUUAUAAAUUUCUUUUAUCUUCCCAAAUUUGUUUGCGUAAAAAAAACUUAGUAGGGCGAAAAGCAUUUUUGUACUAAAUCCGCAAUAGUCCAACUCAGUCCAACUCACAAGGAAACCCUUUCAACACGCAAAAAAAAGUUAACGAUUUUUUUACACCAAUCGACUCUCCGCGCUGCCCUGAUGAUCCAAAAAAAUUAUUUUCGGCCGAUCUUAAACGGCCGCUUCGGUAGAGCGGCCGAAAGUUGGCGUUUUUCAACUUAUGCAGGCCCGCUUCACUUGCUGUGGAGCUCGACGCUUUGCAAUCUUUUCUCGCAGCGAGCACGCACCGACCAGUUCGGCAAGCACACCGCCGGCGGCUCGCUCGCCACUCCACUGCGGUGCAUACUUGCUGCGCUCUGCACUAAUCGGCUAUUAAAAAAUAUUUCCAACAUUCUAAUAUAGUUUUAUUUCAUGUGUUAAUAAAAUGAAAAAAUCUCAACUUGAAAAUUUUAAACAAAUUCGAAAAUAAUAAUAAUCUUCUUAUGCAAUGUUUAAUAUUUUGUUUCCAAAUAAAAAAUUACAUAUGCUAUGGAUUGCUUUGUUAUUGAAUAAUUAUAUAAUAAAUAUAUAUUUUUGCUGUUGCUAAUCUCACUAGGUUAGCGGGUCGAAUGAAAAAAAAUUAUCAAAAUAAAAAUGUGUAGACUGUGCGCUGGGUUCAUUCCAGGUGAGGAAUGGAAGAUAUUUGGAGUAAUUUCAUUCAUCGUUUAUUACAAUUUAAAGUAUGCAAAAAAUUUCUUUCAAUUGAGGGAGCAAAAAUUGCAUUGUUAUUCGACUGCAGGCAUCAGUGUGCAUAUGAAACCUGCACCAUGAACUUCGUUUGUGUAAACUCUGUACUUGCAGAGCUUUUAUUGAUUUGCAAAUUUGAUUCAUCGGAUAAAGGUGUGCCUAACGAUCGCGAAAUCAGUCUAGCCGUUCUGCUAUCAGAACUACUUUUGCAAGCAUCCAUCCUGGAAACGGAUAAAUUCUUCCAAUACCUUUGUAUUUUGAAUGGCGUGAAAGAUUUUUCGUCUCACAAUCAACAUCAAGAGCUCCAUGAGAAUUACGAGCCGCCUGGAAAUGAAUGUGCGACAGUUGCGGUUACUCACAACCAGAAAACUUUCCACUUCGAGCGCAAUGAACGCAAUUUCAGGAGACAGCUGUUCCCUUCUUCUUUUGAUGAAAAUUAUUUUGAAUGCAGGCUCUCACCAGAACCAACAAACAAAGAAGCUGAAGUGACGUUGCAAGAGGGUGAAGAGACCAGCAUGGAAGAUGAGAAAUUCCAAAAUAAUGUUGAUACGUCUGCUGCCAACUCUGAAGGCACGAUCUUACAAGAAUUGGCAAAUAAAGAAAAUGAAAUGACCUUGAAAGAAAAUGAAGAGACCAACAUAGAAGAAUUGCAAUUGGAAAAUGCAAGGACAUCUGCAGAAGAUUCCAAUUGUAGCAACAAAGUAGUGACAUCAACAGGCUUGGCUGAAAUUGAGAAUAUAAGGAAGAAAAGGACGGUUUUUACAAGAGCAGUCGCACAUGAAGUUGACAUUCAUGACCAAAAUGCCUCAAACUGUCUUGACGAAGAGUCAAUUGAGUCUGAUGCUUUGACAGACGUUGAGAGCGAUUGCGAUGAAUGUGAGCUUGAUUUUUUGAUUGGUGUCGAGGAGAGCGACUUGCCAAAACAGCAACCUCAACGGCACGUCCUAAGCUAUUCCUUAAAAAAGGAAAUUGUUGCUCAUUGGCAGUAUGAGGAUAAGUGUGCUGAAGAGAAAUAUGGACCAAGGCGUGGAACAACUCGAAAAUUGUCAUCCAUGCAAAAAAAGUAUCCCAAUGCAAAACUAUGUAUUAGAAAAUUGUACCAAUGGCGCACUGAUAUCAAUGAGGGAGUAAUGUUGAAAUCUCAUAUAAAAGACAUUGAAUCAGACGUCUACGCCAAAUUUCUCGAGUUUCGAGGAGAUUUGAAAAUCAUCAAAGGCAGACAUUUAAGGCAGUGGGCAAUUGAAUCUGCCACUUUGAAACAUGGCUUAUCCACGAAAGACUUUUGUGCCUCACCAACUUGGUUAGAGAACUUUAAACGCCGUUUUAAAGUUGGAGGAAGAAAAAUCAACAAAUAUGUGACGAGAAAAUCAGUCAGGGAAAAAGAUGAUAUUCUGAAAAGCGCAACAGAUUUUGUUGAAAAUGAAAAAGGCGAGGUCAUUCGGGUAGGAAGGGCUUGUUUCGGCAAUCUAGACCAUGUCGGGAUCAAUAGGGAGAUGCACUCUGCGCGCACUUUAGCAAUAAUAGGCGAACGAACGAUUGAAAAGUGUAUUCAAAGCUCAAAUAGUAUGACUCACUCUUGGACGCUUGUUCCUGCUUGUGAUGCAAGUGGUCGGCUAUGGGAACCAGCUUAUUUAAUUUUGAAAGAAGACGGUGGUAAAUUCGGAGUAAGAGUGCAAGAAACUGUCCUUCGGCCCGAAAAUUUGUUUGUAACUUGCUCAUCAAGUGGUAAAAUGUUGGGGUCACAAGUGGAGGAACUUUUUACAAAUUGCAUUUUCCCAAAUGUGAAGGGGAAAACUGCGCGAUUUUUGAUUGACCACUGGUGUGGCUGGAAAAAGAAGGUAAACGAACUAUGCAAAAUAGCAAAAGAAAAGUUUGGGCUAAAUGUGACAAUAGGACUCAUUCCAGAAGGCACUACUGGAAAAAUCCAACCUUUGGAUGUUAAUGUUAAUGGUCCGUUUAAAAAGCUUCUACGUACUAUUGAGGAUGAAAUACUUAUGCAUAGUAUUCCCUUUCCCAUCCAAACCCGAAAUAACGGCAUAAAGUUGAUUUCGUUCACGUAUCACCAGCUUUGCUCACCCCGAUUCGAGUCGAUGAUAACCUAUGCAUUUUUUAAGCCUGGCUACAUAAGUGAAAGAGGCCCAAAAUACUUGACCCCAGUUCAGUACUGCUUCGCACUUUCAACCAAAACCACGUGCGAAAUUCCUUUGUGCCAAAGUAAAAAGUUCAUUGUGUGCGCUUGGUGCACUUCAAACUUGUGUUUUCAGCAUUCCAUAGAAUGCCUUCACAUGUGUGACAAUUAUUUGCCGUGA